AUGAGCCUCGUCUCGCCGGAGGGGGCGUCGCCGCCGGAGCGGCCGCGAUGGAAAGAGGCGACCGCCGCGGACGGCCGCGCGUAUUACUACCACAAGGACACGAAGGAGACGGUCUGGACGAUCCCGGACGAGCUGCGCGCGUACCGCGAGGCGAAGCGCGCGAGGAAGGCGGCAGCCGCGACGGACGCUGACGCCGAGAUCGAGGGACGCGGCAGCCCGACGCCGAUACCGGAGCGGCUCGUCGCCCCCGCGGCGCCGCCGACGCCGGUCAGCGCGACGAUGAAGAUCUCCCCGAGCGGCGAUAACGUCCGCGUGGACAUCGCGUCCGACGGCGAGAUCGAGGAGGAGGACGGCGUCGCGACGACGGAGGUGGACGACGAGGCGAAGACGAAGACGAAGACGGUCGCGGCGGAGGCGAAGGAGGAGGAGUCGUUGACCGAAACCGCCGGGGAGGACGAAUCGGAAUCUAAAUCUACGUCGGCGCCGCCGCCGCCGCCGGAGCCGGAGCCGGAGCCGACGAAGCCGAAAGCGGCGGCGCCGCCGAAAGCGGCGAGCCCGGUGAGGGCGACGAUGAAAAUCUCCCCGAGCGGAGACAACGUCCGGCUCGACGUCGGUCUUCUCGAGCCGGCGCCGGAGCCGGCGAGCCCGGUGAGGGCGACGAUGACGAUCUCGCCGAGCGGAGACAACGUCCGCGUCGACGUCGGCGUGGACGACGUCGGGAAGGAAGGCGAGCCCGAGAAACCCGCGGCGGCGGCGAAGGAGACAAAAGUAAAGGAAAAGGAAGUCGCGGUCGCGAGACCGACCACGGCCGCCGCGAAGCCCGAGGCUAAGAAGAGCGCGGCGGCGGCGGCGGCGGAGGCGAAGCCGACGACGCGGUCGAGCGUCGCGGCGGCGGCGUCGAAGCGCGCGUCCGCGUCGUCGUCGUCGUCGAAUAAAAGAGAAAACGAAACACCGGGGACCGCGGCUGCCGCGGGGGUGUACGGCGCGCGCGUCUGGAAGAAGUCGAGCGCGCGCGCGAGCGCCGGAGAGACGCCGUGGAACGACGAGUUCGCCUCCGCGGCGGCGACGGCGGCGGCGCGGCGAACGCGCGCGAGCACCGGGGGCAUCCGAACCGCGACGACGUCGGCGACGACGACGACGGCGAGCAAGCCGCGGCCGCCGGGACCGCCAGGGGGCAAGAAGAAGCCGCCGCCCGCGGCCUCGUCCGCGCCCUCGACCGUCGCGCCGCUGACGCGCGGAGGCGUCUCGAGCGAUGAGCCCUCCUCGCGCGAAUCGCGAUUCGGCGCGACGAAACCCCGCGCGGACAUCGCGCUCGCGGAGCCGGACUACGCGCUCGUCGGCGAGCUCCACAAGGGGUUUUUAAUCUCCGACGCGAAGCCCGGGAAGUCGAAGGAAGACCUCGCGCGCGAGAAGGGCGGCCCGAGGGUGAUGUUCAGCUCGAACCCGAAGUACCGCGGAAAGAGCGCUGACGGGCACUACUUCUCCGGUCCGGACAUGAACGCCGCGAAGCCGGCGUCGAUGCUCAAGAGCGUCGGGGGGUCGAAUAAAGACGGUGGCGACGCGAAGAAGAUCGCCACCGGCGCGGACGGGAAGAAGCUCUCGAAGAAGAAGCAGGAGGAGCUCGCGCGCGCGCGGCUGCAGAGACAGAGGGAUUUAGAGGCGCGCAAAACCGCGGCGAAGGAAGCGGCCAUCGCGAAAGAUUCCAUCGUCACGUCCGAGAUGGAGUUCUACCGGGAGAUCGUCGGCAAGAUGGCGACGCGGUACAACAGCGUCGUGAACGAUAAGAUCCGAAUCGAAAAAGAGCUGGCGCAGCUGCAGAUCGACUUCGCCGCGCAGGAGCUGAAGAACCAGACGCUCGCGGACGACGGGCGGAAGGAGUCGAACCGAGCCGCGGACGAGGAGGAGUUCCGCACGCUCAACUACGGGCACAUCAUCAUACGCCUUCGCGAGGAGGACCCGACGUCGGAGAAGCGGCGAGCGAAUCCGCACGCGACGCUGAAAACGUCCGCCCCGAAGGCGUUAGCCGCGUCCGCCCGUAACGCGUCGCAGCGCAGAAAGGACGACGUCAUCGAAGCGACGCAGCACUUGACGUGGACAGACCCGAUCGUGCACGAGAUGGAGCGGUUCGAUAAGGACAUGACGUCGGACAUGACGUCGCGCCGAGCGCGGCUGGCGACGCUGUUAAACGAGCGGCGGCGAGCCGAAGAGAUGCUCGCGCGGACCGCGGCGUCGCUGAAGGAGAAGCGCGAGAACUGGCAAGAGCAGCUGACGCUGUUGCGGAGCCGCCUGCUCGCGUCGAGGGCGCAAGACAAGGCGAUGAACGACCGCCAGAAGGCGUUCAAGGAGCAGCUCGUGAAGAUUAAGCGACAGGCGGAGGAGGAGGCGUAUUCGAAAGCCUCGGGAGGGGCGCCGAAGGGCAUGCGCGGCGCGAAGGGCACGCACGCGAAGAGUUUCCUUCAGAUGCUGAAGUCGUCGUCCAUCGCGUUAGAAGAAGAGCGGAUGGAGGACGCGCUGCGACGGAUCCAGGCGGUGACGCCGGACAUGGAGCCGGACGAUCUCGUCGCGACGUUUAUCAACCGCCGAGAAGAGAUCGAGAGCGUUCGAAACGAGUCCGUCGCGGUGCAGUCGCAUCACGACUACCUCGUGGCGAGGCACAAAGAGCUGCUCGAGGAGCUCGCGAAAGAGAAAGAAGACGCGAUCACGAGCGCGGAUUCGGCGGGGGGGAAGAACAUCGAUAAGCAGCUGUUCGCCGCGCGCAGCGGCGAGGCGAAGCUCGAGAGCGGGCAAUACCGCGAGGAGAAGCGCACGCGCAUCAACAAGCUCACCGCCGACGCGUCGGAGAAACAGAUGAACGAAGCUUCCGCCGCGGUGUAUAACCUGCUGCAGACGACGCUGCUGUUCAGCGAUCGUCUCGACAAGGUGGACCCAGGGGUGUGGACGCGGAUGACGCCGCGGAUCGACGAGUCGUCCAGGAACGCGUCCGCGGCGUCAUUCUCCGCCUCGGACGGCAAAAAGCCGCUGGAAAACCCGGCCAUCUCGCGCGCGAAGCAGGGCGCCAAGACGAAACUCAGCGCGGUGAAAUCGAUCGCGAGCUUGAAACGGAUAAUCUCCGUGCGCAGGAGCGCGUCGCCGACGCCGUCCGAGGACGACGGCGAAUUCAAGGCGGCGAGGGAGGCGGCCAAGGCGGAGGCGGCGGCGAAAAAAGCCGCGGAGGAAAAAAAGAACGCGGGAAAAGACCGCAUGCGUCGCACGCGAUCGAACCAGUCGAUCGCGUCGAGCGAGGACGACGACGCGAACGUCGACGCGGUGAACCGCGACGCGCGUCUGUACAUCGACUCCCUCGUCGCGUUCUUCGACGUCAUCGACCGCGGGAACGUCAUCGCCGCGGCGGAUUUGCACAAGGCGAAGGUGCAGGCGCGCGCGCGAAAGUUUGGCCGUAGAGUAUCGCAGGUCGAUCCCAUCUUGAUGAAAGCGCUCGCGGACGCCGACGCCGAGGACGACGACGACGGCGACGGAGACGAGAACGCCGUCAACGCGAACGCGCCGUCGUCCGCGAAGAAGAAGAAGAGCCCGCUGAACGACCCGUUUAACGUUCGCGUCGUGGAAAACGUCGACGCGGAUUCGGAAGAGGCGGCGAUCGAGGUGGAGGAAGUCCUCGAGGAGAUCCACGAGACCCCGAAGGAGAGAGACGGGAUGAAGAUCGUCAGCAUCGCGGAGCUUCGGAAGCGGAAGAAGAAGCCGAAGCCCGGGGAGACGGACGAGGAGGAGUUAUGGGCGAGGGAACAGGAGAAGAGGCUGAUGAGCGCGAGGAAGUCAAAGCCCGCCGCCGCCAAGGCGUGAGCGACGGGGGAGGGGGGGUAUCGCGAUGCGUGAGGAAGGCGCAGGGUUCAGGGUUUAGGGUUUGACGUGUACGUGCGAAGUAGUCGUUCGUU